CGACGGCAACAUGUUCCGUCUGAAUAAUGCUCGCACCGCCAUCCGCAUCACGAAAUAGCAUGAUCUGGACUUAGCGGUUCCCAAAGCUAGGAAAGUGGCUGCAGGGUCAGAGUGUCCAGCUGGAAGAAGGACGGUCAACGACACAAUUACUCCGUACAAGCCAUGAUCAACUUCCGACUGCAGAACUCCCGUCAUUAUCACGCUCGGUUCGAUGUUGCAAACCACCUUAGCGAGCCAAAGCUAGAUUGACUCUGACAUAGUUGAUGAAUAGUGAGCCCCCAGGCCCCGCCAAAAGGUGGCCCCGCAAUAUACCUGUGAAACGGACGAUUGACAUCCGUAAAAGCUUAUCGCACUCGUCGGACCGGAUCACCGUGAGAACAUAAGGAACGGAUGGGUAUAAUAAUGUCUGAUUUGCUGUGGAUUUGGUGCUCGUAGACCAGGGAAUCCUUCUAUGUCUCAGUCUCAAUCCUCCAGUCUUUGUAUUCAAGGAUGAAGAUCUCGACUAUCUUAGGCCUUGCAGGCGCUGCGUGCGCUCAGCAGUCUGCCUAUGGCCAAUGCGGUGGAAGUGGUUAUACUGGCAGUACUGAGUGCGUUUCGGGCUUUUCUUGCGCGUACGUGAACGGUUGGUACAGUCAAUGUCAACCCGGGGCUGCUGCUACGACGGCUCCAGUCACCGCAAACACAAGCAUAACCACCAGCGCGAAGCCGGUCCCGACCUCAAGCAGGCAACUCAAUGGCACAACUACCUCAAAAACUCUCCCCAUUGCCACUUCGUCGUCCUUCUCCAAAACCGAUGGCCUUCAAUUUUCAAUCGAUGGAGUGACAUCAUACUUUGCCGGUACAAACUCGUACUGGAUGGCAUUCCAGAUGAACAAUGAUGAUAUCGACCUUGCCUUGGACCACAUCAAAGAUUCCGGCCUGAAGAUCCUCCGGGUAUGGGGUUUCAAUGAUGUCACCACUACCCCGGACAGCAAUACCGUGUGGUUUCAGUCGUUUGUCAGCGGCCAAGAUCCUGUUAUCAACACCGGUGCCAACGGUUUACAGCGCCUGGACUACGUCGUGAAAGCUGCUGAGUCCCGGGGAAUCAAACUCAUCAUCAACUUUGUGAACAACUGGACAGACUAUGGUGGGAUGGCUGCUUACAUGACAUACUAUCUCGGCUCAGCCUCGUCUGAGACAAACGCUGCUUGGUACAACUCCACUGACAUCCAGACUCAGUACAAGACCUACAUCAAGACUGUGGUUUCGCGCUAUGCCAACUCCACGGCAGUAUUUGCCUGGGAGUUGGCUAAUGAACCGCGUUGCAAGGGCUGCGAAACUUCGGUGAUCUAUGAUUGGGCAACUUCAAUCAGUGCCUACAUCAAAUCCCUUGAUCCCAACCAUAUGGUGACCCUUGGCGACGAAGGAUUCGGACUGUCUGGUGGUACAAGCUACCCUUAUACUUACGGUGAAGGCGUAGACUUUGUGAAGAACCUCGACAUCGAGACCAUCGAUUUUGGCGCGUUGCAUCUCUACCCAUCAAGUUGGGGUGUGACCAACGAUUUUGGCAAUGAAUGGAUCACAGCUCAUGGCGCUGCUUGUGCCACUGCUGGCAAGCCCUGCCUUUUCGAAGAGUACGGUGUGACCUCGGAUCAUUGCAAUGUAGAGAAACCCUGGCAAGAGACUGCUCUCUCUACCGAGGGCAUCGCAGGUGAUCUCUUCUGGGACUUUGGUGACACUCUCAGCGGUGGAAAGACAUCGGACGACGGCAACACAAUCUUCUACGACACCGAUGAUUGGACUUGUUUGGUUACGGACCAUGUCAGUCAAAUUGGUUGAGAGAACAACUAUGGCUCUAUAGCGACCCCGCUGGUUACUUUUUGUUGACCGCACUCAUAUCAAGAAAUCUUUGGCUACGACUGCUAGACCUAUUCAUCGCAAGCCAAGCAUGUCCAUACCUAC